AUGGAGAGUUCUCAAAAGCAGCGACGUCGUCGAGAGGCUGACGCGGAUCAUGUCAGUGAAGAGCGCCCAGUCGCACAUCCCUCGGGGUGCGGCGCGGUGGUCAAGUCCGGCUACCUCAAGAAGCUGAAGACCUCCAAGCGGAAGUAUUUUGUGCUGCGCGCGGCCGAGACCUGCGAGUCGUCGGCGCGCCUCGAGUACUACGACUCGGAGAAGAAGUUCCACAACGGGCAGCUGCCCAAGCGCAGCAUUCCCAUCAAGACCUGCUUCAACAUCAACAAGCGGCAUGACAUCAAGCAUAACAAGCACGUCAUUGCGCUCUACACCAAAGACGACUGCUUCUGCGUCAUCCUCGAGAGCGAGGACGAGUCAGACGCCUGGCUGAAGGCGCUGCUCGCCCAGCAGCAGGGUGAAGAGGUGCCCGACGGCGUCAUGCCUCGCCCCACAUACGAGCACACAUGGCAAGUACAAUUGCUGAAUCGUGGUAUUUCGACGAUGGUGCCCGGAUACAAGACUACCUCUGAGCUGAUGCUCACCCAUCGUCUCUGCCUUACCGACAAGACUCUCAGCCUCAUCAAACAAGAGGAAAACAAUGUCAUCCAGACUGACUUCCCGCUCUCCCUCAUCCGUAGCUGCGGAUGCCUGAAGAAUUACUUCUACCUCGAGGCGGGACGAUCGAGCGUCAUCGGCGCCGGUGAGAUCUGGAUGGAAGCCGAGGAUUCCCACAUUGCGUCCAACAUUCAUCAGACUGUCUACAACGCGAUGAAUUCAAGCGGCAGUCGCGAGGAAUUCCGCAACCGCUCCAGCUCGGCGGACGAAGCCUCCAAGCCUAAGAACAUGCCGCGUCGGCAGCCGAUUAACAUCGGCGGACCCUCCAAGCCUAUGCCAUCCUACCAGCAAGAUCAAGCGGUUGUUAAUAUAAUCGUCGACACAGUUCCUUCGCCUUGCACGUCAGCAAAUAAUAACAAUAACGCAACUGGAGGGAAUGUAGCUUGGCCUGGAAUAGUGAACCACCAACGUACACGUUCACUGCCUCUAGCUCAUCCUGCACCUAUCACUACUGACAACCCUAUUCAUCCCCGAAAACGGCCAAACGCCCGACUCCAUCCUUUAAAUGCUUUCGACCUGCGAAUACGUAGCGACAGCAUGCCUUCGCGGCCACGAACCAGUAGCGAAGGAAACCACCCUUUGAUGUUGAUCGACCGGCACUGGCCCUCAACUGGACAUCCACCACUGUCGCGUGACAUCUCGCACAGCCCGCCGUCCGAUAGCCCCGUUAGCCCGCCUUCGGUUGGUUGUUCUACUGAUUCCACCGGUUCCUCGCUAAGCAUUGAUGACAGCGAGGGCUGGCAUGACGGCGACGUGCAUCGCCGCUUCCCCAUCUCCCUCACUCCAGACGAGGCCAUCGCCGAGGAAAACUGCGACGAUUGCAGCGAAAGCCCAUGCAUGCUGCAUUCGAGCCCCACACCCGGCUCCUAUAUACCUAUGAGCCAUGCGCCUAUUAGCAGCGACGAUGGCUACGUAGAUAUGAGCCCGCGCGCACGCCUUAGUGCUAUGUCACCGGCGCCGAGCAUGAGCAGCGUCACUUCGGGCACUCCUUCCCAUACAGAUAUACGGAACGAUUAUCCAUUGGAAAAAGUGCUAUCAUACAUUCCAAGCGAAGAGGACGAGUCCAGCUCUAACGAGCGACAGCGAACGUACUCGAUGGGCUCAAAACCGUUCAGGAACCGCAUUGAGCAGCCGCGUAAUCGGGCCUGCAGUGUGGGUUCAAAGAAAAAGGGAUAUAAUAGAGUCCUGCCUCCUCAUGGUUACAACCAUAAUGGCGCUAAGUCGAAUAGUGCUCCAUUGUUAAUCAACACCCGUCUCUACAGUUCACACAGUUCCAUUGACCCCAUGGAGGAUCUGAUGGAGAUGGACUUUACCCGGAAGACGACUAACGACUAUGUCGAAAUGACACCCUCUAAUGCCCCGUCUGCUGGUGCUGGCCACAACCAAUCGGCACAAAGCAACAAAUAUAAGGCACCUCCUGGAUAUGUGGAUAUGCGACCUGGCGCACCAAUGUCCAUCGAAAAGCCGGAACCAUCCUCCUAUGUUGUAAUGAAACCUGGCACAUCCCCGAGUAGGCCCAUUCAGUUCGAAUCACGGUCUGAUUAUUUGGAGAUGGAUGGACGGAAUAAAAUGAAACCAUCCACAUCUCCACAGAAUCCAUCUCUUUCGCCAUUGUCAUCGAUUGCCUCUACGUCGCCAAUGUCACAAUAUACACCAACUACUGACUACAUGGAUAUGAAUUUCCACCAGAAAAAUCUGGACAUGUACGUAGCAUCUCCGGUGCAAUCGACUUUAGGCUACAUGAGCAAAGGGUCACCAUCCUCAAUCGAUUACAUAGAUAUGGAUUAUCAUCCUAGUAGCAAGAAAGAAAACGAAGGCUACGUAGAGAUGUCUCUUGGCGGUGGAGGCAAUACGCCUACCACCGUCGGCGAUUAUACUAACAUGUCGUUCGGUUCCUCAGCGCGAAAAAUCAGCAGAAUCAGGAGAAAUCGAAGAACGACAGUAACACCCGAUCGAAGCCGAUACAUUCAGCAGAAUUCAUACGGUAUGAUACUGCCAAUUCAACCCCUUCUUAUAAAGACCCGUUCGUGGAAGGUCAGCAGGCGAGACUCGAAGGACAGCUCAAGUUCAAGCGUGACAACACCGUCGAGCUCAUCCACGAUCUUUCCGCUGAGUCUAAACAGUCCCAGUUCUCCGGUGUCUUCGAAGAGUCCCGACGCCAAAUCACCCACGAUCACACCGACCAUUCUCAAGCCCCUACUACUAGUACACGUAUCAAAGUUCCUUCAACGGUCGAACACAAAGUAUCAGGCGUCGGGUAUUCGCCGCGACGUCAGUGACUACGCGCCCAUGAAUUUUAGUGCUCCCGAGAAGCCCAGCUACGUGAAUUUCCGACCACAAGCUCACCCACCUAGUUCGAAAUAUCCCGCAACGAGUGCGAGCAGCAAGGCGCAAGACGACUAUGCGCCUAUGGAUUUGGGCGGUCGCGGAUCUGCAUGGUGCGAGUCUUAUCUCACGCAGGUUAAUAACUCGCUUUGCUUCAAGCCCAUAGACGAAGAGUCCAACAAGCAGUCGCGCCCGAGUUCGGAAAGCAGCGAGGUAAGCACGUUGGUCGGCUCCCGACCAAACUCUGUGAACAGCGCCGGCGGCCAGGACCCUUCCUCACCCGCCCCUGCACCACAAGCGCAGCUACACUACGCUAGCCUUGACCUAGCGUCCAGUGAUAAUGCCGAGGACGCCGCCCUCAAGCGCUUACCAAAGAUAAGCAUGAAGGAUGGCAACGGCUCAAACACGCAAGACGCAGGCUUUUGCUUACGCGGAGAUCGACUUCGCGCGAAGCGAAGGUUUUAAGGCAAACUCGUUGAUGAGUCCCAAGGUGAAGCAUUAGACAAUUAUACAACCCGUACCCGCAGGUAUGAUGUACACUAUUAUUUAGUCGAAAUUUACACUAUUAUCGCAUCUAUUUAUUAUAAACUGAUAUGGUAACCAAGAUAGACUGACUCCUUUAUAUUUGAACGAUCUUUAUUAAUUAAUUCUAGGAUCAUUAUGCGCGAAUGACCAUUGGCAUUAAGAAGCGUACUAUGAAUGAAUUACGAGCGAUGCAUAUUAUGACAAAACACGCUUUGACUGACUUGUUGCUGAGUGAGUCGGAGCCAAACUGUAUACCUGAGUCGUUUUUGUUACUCUCAGUUAUUAUUUUCUUUUGAUAGGAUACGUUUUAACUACAGUAGCGGAAGAGCUAUAUUAGCACAUAAAUAUGUAUCAAAUUAUCGCGAAUAGCCAAAUAUAUAAAAUAUUUAACCAAAUUAUAUUAUAUAUGAUAUACAAUAAUUCAGAUGGAUGAUACGGCAACAGUAAUUUAAACGUGUAUAUACAUUGCGGAUUAUUUAUUGAAAAUAUUCAUACAUAUCAUGGAAUCAUGCAAAACCGACAAGUUACGAUGAAAGAAAAUCAAAAGAAAACAAGUUAAUAAGCCGAUAAAAAGGAAUAGACAAUAUGUUUGUAAAUGGAGGGAAUAAGUAUUAUGGAUCAUACAGUGGCAUUUAAUUAAUUAAGAACUAUACAAUUGAUGAUGAUGAAAACCCCAGAAAAAGAGUAAUGAAAGUUGUAAAUAUUCACAAAUCUAUUAAACUGUAAAUGUAAACGAGCUUUAAACAUUAUGAAUGAAUAAUAUCCCCUAAUACGUUUCUUUUAGUAUACGAAUCGAAAUUACUUGUUACAACUAAAUUAGUGUACAAAAAUCGCAAAUAUAAUCUGUAUCUACAUAUUAUACACCUAUUUAGACCUAAUAACAUAAAAUGCGUAUCAAAAUUUAUAAUGAUUGUGGAUGUUUGAGGAUUUUCGUUUACGUUUUGUCACCGUAGAAUGAGAAAAUGGAUGCUGGAAAUGAAUAGUGAAUGACGUGUUAUAGGAAAUUGUUCUGUUCAUAUCUGCGCGUAGUGAUAGACCAAAUUGAUGAUGAUCUUACUGAUUUUGUUCUCUGCGACACUUUGUUUUUCCGGAUGCGGGUGUACGCACGAAUGCAGUUUGCGAACGAUAAUAGAUUACUUACAAGUAUUGAUUGCCUCUCUACUAGAUUAUUAUGGAAUGUGUAUCUAUAGAGAACGAUGUUGAAAGAACGGGCUGUUUGCACCACUCUUCAAAUGAAUGAAAAAUUCAAUAUUUUAUUGGUUUCGGUUUGGAAGUUGUGCGGUUCUGAAUUUAGCCACACUUACAUUAUCUACACUUAUACUUAUAUCACUCGUUCUAUUUCUACGUUAAGCUUGCGAAAUAUAUGAUUGCAAACGUGUAACCGAUGCAACCGAUUAUCCGUAGAAACUAAUGAAUGUGAAAAUGAACUUACUGAGUGUCUAAAACACGUACGAUAUAAAUUUUAUUUUUAUAAUAGGAAAGCGAUAAAUGCAAUAAUGAAAUAGCACAAACGAUAGACGGAAGGCAUUGAAGAGUUUACCAAUAACAACCUAAUUAGAGGAUAGGAUAAAUGUUUCUAUUUUUAUUGUGUAUAGUAAUAAAAUUUAUUUUGCAACAAAAACUGAGAUUGCAAGAUGGCAGAUUUGCUGAUGCGAAAAUGUGAGUCGAGUGCGUAGAACUCGAUACUAUUAACACUAAACAUUUAGAAGAAACAAAAAGACGGAAACACAAACUGCCGUUAAUUAUAUGUGUAUAUUGUUACAAUUCUUACUUAUCUAUCAAUGACGGAUUUUUGUUUUAACGCACGAAAUGCCAUAUUGUAAGUGUUUCAUUUCUUGAUGUGGAAAGGAGGCGAUUAGGAGAGAGGAUUUGAAAAUGUAAAGAAAAUUUGAAGAAGGAAAAGGAGUCUUAGAGCAAUUAAGGAACAAGAAAGCAAGAACUUAAUGUGCCUGCUUAGGUAAACAUUUUCAUUUUGAGUCGUACGGUUAGCUGACUUCAUUUUGGCUUCACGAAUGAAAUAUACUAUACAGUUUAUAUCGAAAUCACAACAAUGACGAAAACUAAGCUUGCAAGUAUUAAGUACUAAAUGUAACUAGAAGAAUUUAUUGUUAUUGUUUUUUCGUUGUUUAUUUUCUAUUAUUAUAGCGAUCUUGCUUUUUAUUUUGUUUUUAAGUUUAAAACAUUGUUUUACUGGUGUUACUUUUCUUUAAACGAGAAGGGAAACAAGCAAACCGAAAGCCGGGGAUUACCGAAAAUUCAACAAUUUUUCACGAUUUUGUUUGUACAUAUUACCAUACGUUAUUUGCUUUGUAAUUUUAUAAAUAUUUGUAUCUGCGACAAAAUAUGAAGUUUACUAAGUAGUGAUGGAUGGAAUUCCAAAAUGAAUAUUGCGGACGUAGAACAUACGAAACAGAAAUUACGUGGUUAACACAGAUAUGAAUGCGACACGAUACGUACGUGCGACUUGUUGAAAAUUGAGAAAAAGGAAACAAUUAAUUUUAAGCUCAUAGUUCCUCAUGAUUGCUAUAUUUACUACUACUAUUUAAUAUCAUAUUACUUGUCAUUAAUAUUUUAUUAUUAUUAUAAUGGUUUAUUAUUAUCUAUUAAAGAAGUAAGCUUAAUUCUUAAUGUGCAUGCUAUUGCGUAAUUAUUUAUAUUUUGUAAUUAUUAAAUUUUUGAUUAGAACGAAUCGUAUUAAUGCAACUGGUUUUAGUUUCGUACGUAUGCGAUUGUUAAUAAACUCGACUUAUAACUGA